CCCAAUGAAAUUCAAGACUGGCAUAAUAUUAUUUACGACAUUCGUCACCAAGCGGUGCACUGUGGAAAAAUAAUCACAGGACAACAACUCCUCUCGAUUUUACUGUCCAUCUAUUACGCCGCUGGAUCCAUGUGUGUCGCAUGCAUCGUGGUGAAAGAAGGGCAUAAAGAAUAUUUUAUAUUCAUUACGAUACUAUUAUCAAGUACUGCUUGGGCUAUAGUGAGGGCUUUGGUCAGGAUUAAUCGAGCAGUCGAAAUUACAAACGAGGAAAAACGAGUAGCAAGAUGUCUGAAGCGUCACCAACUUGCGGAAACGAGGAAACAAUGUAAACAAGAAUUAGGACAAAUAUUUGACACUCUGACACACCAUCCGUGCGAAAUAUGUUUAAAUGGUUAUAUCAAAUUCGACAAUUCUUUAGUACUCGGGAUAUUUCGACAAGCUUUCACCCAAUUUAUUGUUUUAAUGCAGUUGCAAAAUUAAAACAAUUUCUCACUCUGCGAACAAAAACUUCUCGCCGUUUAAAUAUAUUUAUAAACUUAUCACCGUAUCUACUCCACCUGUCAUUGUCUAAAGAUAUAAAGAUUGUAGAUAUUAUAAAUAAUGAAAAUGUCAUGUUGUGAAAUUGAA